CUUUCUUUGGACAACAAGCAUCUCUCAAAAAAGUAUUGUCUUUGUAAGAAUAAGAACUCUUGUCCAAAGCCACUUUCAACAAAGAGGGAGCAAGAAAGAGUUUGAAAAUGGAAACAACUUGCAAUAUGGACUAAACUGCAUGCUGCAUAUGCAUAUGGAGAAAGAAAAUUCUUUGCUUCCCUGUGUACUUGAAUGCAAAGCAUAUUUUGCCUUGCUUUUCCCCCUUCUCCUGUUCAAGCAUUGACACCAAUCCAUGUUUCUGGUCUUCUUCACAAACAUAUACUACUCUCUCCCCCAUUGAAUAAUCGAGGAAAUCAGCAACAGAGCUUUUGGACAAUGGACAUUUUGGUUAAGCAAAAGAGAGUGAGAAUUUCAAGCCCAGAAACAGAAAAGCAGGAAGAGAUCCAUGGCACUAGAGAAAGAUCCUUUGAUGAAGAUAACAGGACGCAGGGCUGGUUCAAGAGCCAUUUCUCAGGCCAUGUGAAUGAGGACUAUGAUUCAAGAGACAUUGAGUUUGCAGCUGCUGUUGGAGCAGCUGCUGUUGCCAUUCAUUCACUUGAAGAAGCUGAAUUGGCAGUUCAGAUGAAGAUGAGAGAGGACCUUGAACCCUCAAGAACUAAGCUCACAAUUGGCCAGCCAAGUUCUGGUAGACCAACUAGGAGUUUCUCAAGCAUGCAGAAUGCAGAGAAACUUUUGAUAAAUAACUCAAUGGAGCAGAAGGAGGCACUGGAGAGGGCUUUCCCAACUAGGCUUCCAAGUCAUACAUCCUCCUUGAGACCUACAUCCUCAGCUGAUGGAUACCAGCUCCAGUCGGAAAGCUCAUCACGACAGUAUUUUGUGGGAACCAAAGCAGAUACUUGGGAGAGAGCUAAGAUGGAAAAGAUUAGGAAGCGGUAUGAGAAAAAGAAUUCCAGAAUACUUGCUUGGGAGAAUAAGAAGAAGAUGCAGGCCCAACUUAAGAUGGAAAAGAGAAGGGGCGAAUCGGAGCAGAAAAGGGCUUCAAACCUACAUCACUACCAAAGCAAGAUAGAAAGGAUAAAUCAGAUAGCAGGAGUAGCAAGAGGAGAGGUGGAAGAGAAAAGAAGAAAUGAAGAGAAAGGGGUGAGAGAAAAGGCAGAGAAGAUCAGGUUAACAGGCAGGGUUCCUAUCAGGUGUCUCUGCUUCUAUUGUCACUAGAAAGGCAAUGCAGUUGGACUCAAAGUGCUUUCACACUGGUGGCACCAAAGCAUGCAGCUUAUGAAAUCUUGAAACUCCUAACUUGAUACAGGAAUUUUAACUGUAAACUGUCAGGCUAAAUGGAAUCAUAUAUUACUGUUAUCCAUGUACGCUCCUGCUCGUGGCAGGCAGGAAACUGUAUGACAUGUUUAUAAAAUCACUCAAAGCCUUCAUUGA